AACGAACGGCCUUCACAUCAACGAGCCAGCGCAUCGGCCGUGCGCUUUGUCAUGCGCCCGCCAUGGAGCCGCUCCCGUCCCGGAAGCGCCGGGAGGGGCAGCAUGACGGAGUGGGAGAGCGGCCCAGCAAGCGGCGAAGGCUCUCGGAGGCCUCGAUCCUCUGCAUGCGUGAGCUCUUCCGCACCGUGGUCAACGACGGCGACAUCUCCGAGGACAAGCGCAUCCUGCUGCAGAAUGCUGGAGUCCUGCUGUCACAGGUGGAUGGGAAGACUUGGGUCUCCUUCCCAGAUACCCAAGGAGAGCUUCAGGAGCUCUCGCCCCAACAGCUGCGACAGUUGAGACCUUUCCUCGAUCAGGUGGCCGAGGAACUGAAGACGCAGGAGGUUCAACUCUUAUCUGAGAGCAGUGCAGGCUCUGAGACCUUCGACUGCCUAGAGCUGGAGCGUGUGCCGUGGGCUGAUGGGAUUACGGCACGAGAGCUCUUGGCCUGCUGCAGCCCUGACGAGGCGCUUCACUUCCAGACCCACUGGCUGGAGGUGCUGAUCCGCAUCCUGCCAUCCAAGUACAUGCUGAAGUCCCGAGUCAAAAAACUGGUGAACUUCUACUACGUCCAAGGCUUCAGGCCGCAGGCUACCACGCCGACCCGCGCGCCGCGCCCUAUGACAUCCACGCGCCACGUGCGUGUUCUGCGGCGUGGCGUCCACGUGCUGCUUCGGCACGUGCAGACGGCCGUGCAGAUUGGUCGGGCCGUGGCUGGAAAUAUCAGCAGGGUGGUGGCCCAACUGGUGGUGUUGAUGGCCGCCUGGAGCACCGGCCUCUUCAGUCGCUUGAUGCGCUUGAUGCCCUUCAGCGAGACUCCCGCGUGGCCCUUGGCAAGGCUCUUCUUCGCUGUUCUCCUGCAAGGGCAAAUCAAGAAGUUCUUGGAGCUCAUUGUCCUUAUCGCACGCUUGCGUGUGAUCUUGUGCCUCGCGCGCUCCAGCCACUUUUUUGGAUUUCUGUUCUUCCCCUUUGUCCUCAUCGCGCAGAAAGUGCUCGGGUGGAACGAGGGCAGUUGGCUCUUGGGCUGUUCUUGCGAUGCUUCUGGCCGGACCAGCUUGCUCUCCAUGGGUCCGGUGCGGGCAGCAGAAGGACUCAUGAGCUGCUUCAAGGCUGUGCGACUUCUUCCAACCCUCCCGGGCUUGGCCUUCCUGGCCACCGUGGUCGAUCCCUUCGUCGAGGCCUUGCUGUGGGUCCAGCCUGCGGUGGUCUUCCUUAGCGACCUCAUCUUCUCGGUCGGCUUUGCCGAGGGCUUGGCGAUGAUCGUUCGCAGCGUCGACCGGAGCGCCCACCACAAGCUGGUGUGGAUGUCCAUGAACGUGGGCCGCAUGCUACGGGAGGGCCCGAAAAGCUCCAGAGAGGGCCCCAUCAGCUUGCCCGAUGAGCCUAGACAGGCGAUGGAGUGGAGGGUGGUUUUGGGAUCGGCCGAUCCGCUCAACGGUUUUUCACUCUGUCACAUGCCCAACCCGCCGGUUGGGCAGGAAAGAGCGGAUGUGGUUCAGAGAUGUUCAGAUGAGACCCUCGGAACAAAGCGCUGCAAGUAAGAUCUGUUCUACCUCUCUCGCGCAAUCUGAUGCCGAGGGAGUUCGCGCGGCACCACCAGCGUUCCACUGGAUGGUGAACGAACAUGUCCACAAAUAAACUCAAGAAAGAUCACGUACAGGAAAGUUCCAUUGCGACAUUGCGGAACCAGAGAUGCGUUUGGAAACCUUGACCAAAAAGAGCAGCUCUUCGUCAGAAACAAAUGGCCUGCCACCACAAAUGGUUCCAGGGGGCAUAGAUUUCCCCCAAGUAUGCGCCACAUGCCCCUCAUGGGAACCAGGAAAAAGGCAGUGGUCAAGUUUGCACCUGCAAAACGUGAAGGAACCUUUUAUCCACUUCGUCAGUUGUGCAAAAGUACAAAACUCACCUUGAAGACAAGCACACUUGAACUUCCGGAAGACACAAAGAACUGCCAAUUCAUUGUAUGAAAUGCGGAGAUCGUCAUCUUGCUUCCACCGGAGGCUGACCACACAGCUGCCAACAUUGCUCCAGUCUUCAGCGCAGAGUGGACAGCCCUCAACCGCUACCAGAAUGGCGGGAGGAUGGCACCUGGAACUUAUUCGAUGGCUGAGUCGAUGUCGAAAACGACGUCGGGCGUGUGGUGGACGUUUCCAGACUGGACGGUCUAGGUUGAGACAUGUUGAGACAUGUUGAGACUAGAGUGACUCUUGGGAUGGCGGUCGAGAAAAGCCUUGAAAGAGGGGGUCAGGACUGAUUGAUGCUGUUCAUUUUGCUGUGGAGCAUUGAAAUCAUUGAGCCACAUCCUUGACCAGAACUAUAGGUCACUAGGUUGGAGAGAUGGCUUUCCUGUCCACAUCUCACCGGUGGAACCUGCGGUGGAAGCUGACCUGCGCAGUUGCGCAAGCUGGGUGCCUGCAUGACAGCCAACAAUAGAUCACUUGUUGGUGUUGGUCAGUUGCUUUGAUCAGGGCCGUACAUUCUUAACAUGGUCUUCGCAUGUCUUCGCAAUAUGUUGAUAUGCUUGUGCUGCGGGGUGCCUACCCAGUGAAUAACCUCACCUUGAACAUCGCCACAUGAGUGGUGCUCCCCAUUCAGGUCACAAGUCGGGAUCCCCAAAGGAGGGCAGGAUCAUCAGGAUCUCAGAGCUCAUGGCGCGCUGGUUUUGUGAUGUUCUUGGGAUCAGAAGCUACUAAACCGAACCCAGACUGGGAUAUUUCUCCCAGUCAGCCCAUGCAUGGCUCAUCCUGACCUGUCUCAGACGGACUCCGAUGCCAAGGCCUGGUCCCGCUAAGACUGGUCUUUCAGUCUUCCCCAGCGACAGGGGUUUUGCUUCCGUGGCCAUUUCUCGGAGGUGCUAGGCAACUUG